CACCAAUUCAUCAUACAAAGUUCCUGAAAAAUUCUUCUUUGCUAGAAAUAACCAAAUUUACCAGAUUUUUUAAGUCGAAUAUGUGGGAUCAAAGACCUAGUUUCAGGUUUGAGAUAGAUAACUUCUCGGACAAGAAAGCUGUCAUAACGUCUAAGGAUUUCGUGGCUGGCGGAUGCGAAUGGUAUCUUGCAGUUCAUCCUAAGGGAAAUUAUAAUGAUCAGUUGUGUUUGUUCCUCUACGUUGCAAAUCUUGAAUCCUUGCGAACUGGUUGGAAGAGAAGUGCUAAAUAUUACUUCCUUGUGUUGAAUGAUUCCAACAAAGAACUCUAUAAAUCAUCAAUAUUGGGAAAGGAAAGCAAAUUGUUUUGCGCUGAGAAUCCAGCACGGGGUACCCGAAAGACGUUGCCUCUAACCAAGUUUCAGGACAAAGGGUUUUUGGAGAAGGACAAACUCAUCAUUGAAGUCUACAUUAAUGUUGUUGAAGCUUUUGAUGGAGAAGGCGAGGACAUCACUGGUUUUGCUGCUCAUGUUGCUUCAGUGAAAAAGAUAUUCGCGGAGACAGAAUACAAGAAUACUCUAAGCAACGCUUGCAGCAAGUUGAGUGAUCUUGCGGAAGUAGGAGUCAAGCUGGACUGGUUGAAGUCAAUGUUUGAUGAAGUUUCCUUCAAGACGAAGAACGCAGACGACGGUGCUGAUGAUGAGUCUCUGGUCCAACAACUCGAGGAACGCAUCAAGAAUCUUGAACUAAUGGUAUCAGGCUUCAAGAAGGACUGUUCCAAGUCAAAGUCCAAGAUGAAGAAAUCACAUGCUGCUGAUGAGUGUCGUUUCCAAAAACUUGAAGAAGGCGUCAAGAAUCUUGAGCUGAUGGAAAUAGGGUUGAAACUGGACAGUUUGAAGUCGAAGCUUGAGGAGGUUUCCUUGGAGAAUAAGAUAUCACAUGAUGCUGAUGAGUCUCGGGCCAAACUACUCGAGGGACGUGUCAAGAACAUUGAGCUAAUGGAAACAGCCUCUAAGCUGGACAGUUUGAAGCUGAAGCUUGAGGAGAUUGCCUUGGAGAGGAAGAAAUCAUAUGAUGCUGAUGAGUCUCGUGUCCGACAACUCGAGGAACGCAUCAAGAAUAUUGAGCUGAUGGAUUUAGGAUUCAAGCUGGACUGUGUGAAUACGAAGCUUGAUAAUGCUGACGAGUCUCGAGUCCAACAAUUCGAGGAACGUUUCAAGGACUUGUCAGGGAAUGUGGGAUUCACGCUAAAUUGUUUGAAUACAAAGAUUGAGGAAGUGUCCUUAGAGAGGAAGGAAUCUGAUGAUGUUCGGUUCCAACAACUUGAGGAAAGCGUCAAUAACAUUGAGCUGAUGGUGUCGUCUCUCGAAGAUGAACUAGACAAGAAGAAGGAUAAACCUUCUAAUGAUGGAUUUUGGUUGGUCGACUAGGUUUGUCUUGAAGACACUAGUGUCCGUUCAUUUUUCUCAUGUUUUGGUUUCUAGUUUUGCACUGUGAAUCCUAUAGUCUAGAGAUUCCACAUAAUCA